AGACCGAGACCAAAUACACCAUGAACGCUGCGCGUGUUGCAACAGAACUAGUGAGACCUGCCACCAAACUUACUCAGAGAACUCUAGUCAGGAAUUUACAGUCUAUGGCACAACACAAUCAUCACAUCACACCAGCAUCGGGGACCCCGCCCCCACCCCCCUCCGCUGGGAUGAUGAGGGCUUGGCAAACAUUGCAGGAGGAAAACUGGGUCACCACUAAAGGUCAUUUGACCCCACAACCUCUGGAAACAUUCAACCUAACACUAACAGAGAAAAGUAUUCUAGGAUCAAGAAACCUUGGAGUUUUCGAGACAAGCUCAAAUUCUGAAAAUGUUGGAUCUAGUGUAAGAGCAUUACUGACUGGAUUCAAGUUUGAUUAAAGUGUCCUUCCAGAGAAAACAGAAACUUGAUUGAACGUGUAAAAAUGGCGAAGAAUUAGCGAAACAUGUAUAACUGGAGAUGAAUUAGUGACGAUUUUGAUAGGUUGUGUGAUAAAUCUGCAAGUACAGCUUUGUGUCAUAUACAUCAUUUUGUGUACUUGGGUGUAAAUUAAAGUAAGUCUAUAGUUUUGACUGAGUGAGCUUUAUCACCAAUAUUAUGUGGCAUUGAAUGUAAAUAAUAAUAAGUUAUAAAUAGAUAUCAUGUAUUAUGUUGUAACGAGAGAACAAUGUUGUAAGUUGUGAAAUUAUAUAAGUAUAAUGUAUCAUUUUGUAACGAGAGAAUAUUGUUGUAAGUUGUGAAAUUAUAUAAGUAUAAUGUUUACGGUUGUAACGAGAGAACAUUGUUGUAAAAUUUGUGAUUAAUAAUUAAUUUGACCAUGGGUUCAUGGUUGUGCCUUUUUGUCAGGUAAAUUAUGAAAAUUGCAAAUCAAGAAUAAAAUACGAUCAAAUAAU